ACCAGGCUGCUGCGAGGGCUGUGCAGAGAAGGCGCCGUCUCACCACCCACCUACUCCCUCACUGAAGGCGGACUCCGGGUCCGGAGAAGGAAGGGAGCCCUCCUCCAGCGGAGAGUAGGAAGCGCCAGCUAAGUCAGGAGGAGAAGCGAUGCAAGCAAGGGGAGGAGCGCGGCUGUCCUGUCAAGGUAACACGGCGAAGGCGAGAGGAAGGCAACGUCGCUCAGGUGAGAACAGGCGGCGGCAUCUUUUGCCCGCACGCCUCGCGAAAGGAAACCAGAGUCGGAGAGGCGGCGCUGGGGACGCCCUGCAACGCUCCGCUCGCCCGAGGAGCCCCGGGCGCUUUUUAGGUGAAGGAGAAACAGAAGAUAAUCCGGAUGAUCAGAGAGAUGAUGACAUUUCAGAAGAGGAGAUCCUGAACAUAAUCCAAAGAGCAGCAAUGCAAGUUUCUUUUCCAACCCAAGUAAAAGAGGAGAUUAAAAAAAAGAGUAUUUCUCAGAGUAGACAGAAAAUACUGAGACAUUUGAAAAAUGACAAAGACAAAGAAGAAAACCACCGUCGUCUUGAAGCAGAAGAAAAAGAAAGCCAAAAAGUUAUGGAACAACUGGCAGCUGCUAUGCUCUUUGGAUAUCAUGGUCCUCAAAACGUAAAAGCAGCUGUAACACUAUAUAAGCUUUUAGCUGAAGAAGGGUCCCAUAGAAGCCAGACUGCAUUAGGAUUCUUGUCAUCAUAUGGAAUAGGAGUGGAACAUAAUCAGGCAAAGGCACUCGUAUAUUACACAUUUGCUAGUAUUGGAGGAAAUCUUGUAUCUCGGAUGAUCAUGGGUUAUCGUUACUGGUUAGGAAUCAAUGUCCCAAAGAAUUGUGAAGCAGCAUUAACUAACUAUAAGAAAGUUGCAAAGUUUGUAGCUAAUGAAUUAGAAAAAAAUGAAGACAUACCAGUUGAAAGAGUGAGACUGAUGGAAAGAUCAGAAAAGCUGACUAUUAAUGAAGAAUUCUUAGACUGGGAUUUAUAUCAAUACUUUAAGUUUUUGGCUGAAAGAGGAAACACACAAAUACAGAUGUAUCUUGGAGAGCUGCAUUUUAAGGGAAGAAAAGGACUAGAAAAAGACCAUGCUAAAGCUUUCUACUACUUCCUAAAAGCAGCAAAUGCAGGGAAUGCAGCUGGGAUGGCAUUCAUUGGAAAGAUGUAUUUAUAUGGAAGUACUGUGACUCAGAAUAAUGUUACUGCUUUGAAGUUCUUCACCAAGGCAGCAGAAAAUAAUUCUGUUGGACUCUGGGGGCUUGGUAUCCUUUAUUUAAAAGGGAGAGGUGUCCCACUGAAUUACACUGAAGCUUUUCGGUACUUUCAAAAAGCAGCUGAGAAAGGAUAUAACAAUGCCCAAUUUCAGCUAGGAGUCAUGUAUUACAAUGGUUUAGGAGUGAGAAGAGAUUUUAAACUUGCUUACAAAUAUUUUUACUUGGCAUUUGAAAAUGACCAUCUCCUUGCAAUAUACUAUUUGGCUCAGAUGUAUGCUGAAGGAACUGGAGUGUUUAAAUCAUGUCAAAAUGCAGUGGAACUUUAUAAAACUGUAUGUGAGCUAGGAGAAUGGUCAGAAAUGUUUCGGACAGCAUACUUUGCUUACCAGUCUGGUAAUGUAGAUUCAUCUCUUGUUCAAUAUGCCUAUCUAGCUGAAAUGGGCUAUGAAGAAGCUCAGGUUAAUUCAGCUUACAUCAUGGAAUCUGAAAAAGUUAAACUUCUACAUAAAAAUCAAGUGUACCCAUUGGCUCUUCUCUUAUGGAAGCAAGCUGCAAGUCAAGGUAAUGAAUUUGCCAGAGUUAAAAUUGGAGAUUAUUACUUCUAUGGCUUUGGAACAACAAAAGAUUAUGCUUUAGCAGUAACUUAUUAUACUUUUGCUGCAAAUCAACUCAACGCUGAAGCCAUGUUCAAUCUGGCAUACAUGCAUGAACAUAGUUUAGGUGUUUCCCAGGAUAUACAUUUAGCUAGAAGAUGGUAUGACUUGGCAGCUGAAACCACCCCAGAUGCUGUCAUGCCAGUGUUCCUAGCAUAUGUAAAACUCGAGACUAUGCACGUACUUACAUAUCUGCCACUUCUCAAUCUUACUGCAGUCUGGAAACUGACAGCAUUUGAUAGUUUGUUAAAAGUACGUUGGGAUCUGUUUAUGAUUAUAUUCCUGUUUGCAUUAGUGAUAUUUUUAAUGACCAAUCAGCCAAACUGA